UUGAGGUUCCAUCCAUCUUCACAACAACUCGAUAACUUCUGUAUUCUCAUUGUGAAAAUGGCGAUGUCGAAUAAUGUUUCAAGGCUAUUGUUCUUGGCAGUUGCGGUGGCAUGGCUCACAAGCAGCAUCUGCAGUGCUCGAGAUAAUGUGCUGCUCAUGGCACCAGAAAGGAUUGCAGAAAAGCUGACAUUUUACCCCUUGUAUCCAUCCAACACUCCUCAUGCCAUCAGAACAAGGUACGUGAGGUUUAUCAACUAUAUUCGAGACGAACUCGUGAGCGGAGAGAUGGUCUAUGACAUACCCAGGCUCCAAAAUCCAGCCAGUUUGCCAGAUUCCGAUCGAUUUCUUCAUGUGGCGCUCUCUAAUUCCAACGAGGAUCUCAUCAUUCUGGCGAUAGAUAAGGCUACUGUUGAUAUUGUCGGUUAUCGAACUAAAAAUAAGGCCUGCUUCUUUACGGAUACUAAUGGCCCGGAUACAUCCAGCGUCUUUCCUGGCAUUACCCGUUACGAGCUUCCGUUCAGCAGUAGAUACUCGGGUAUGGAGGAAAUUGCAGGGUCCAGGAGCAAAAUUUAUCUGGGGAUGUCUGAAUUGGAUGAAUGCAUCAAGCAUUUACACGAUCUUACGGAUAACUCCUCUUUGGCUCGGUGCAUGCUAGUCACCAUUCAGAUGGUUUCCGAGGCCAUUCGCUACAGAUAUGUGGAGAACCUUGUGGUUGAACACAUUAGCGAGACCAACGAGGCCUACCUCCCAACCGCCGCCAUGAUCACCUUUGAAGAAAACUGGAAACAACUCUCAACCAGAAUCCAAGAAUCAGUUGGCGGUGUAAUUUACCCUGCAUUUGAGUUACCUGUUGCGUCAAACAAAACUGUGACGUUAACCUCAAUCGCCCCAACUUUGGGCCGAAAUAUUGCUGUCGUUCUUUAUGUAUGCGACUCUUGCACUAACAUCCCAGAGCCCACUGUCAAUAUUAUUGGCCGCAACGGGCUUUGUGUCGACGUGUCAUUUGGAUUGUACUACGAUGGAUCACCAAUCAUCAUGUGGCCAUGUAAGUCUACCGAAAAGAGCAAUCAACUAUGGACUCUGAUGAAAGACGGGACAAUUCGAUCCGAAGGAAAGUGCUUGACUGCAUACGAUCUUGACGUUGCGGUGAUCUAUAACUGCACCACUAAGCCCAAGGCUUCUGGUAACAAGUGGAGAAUUGAGGAAAACGGGAAUAUCAUAAACGAAGAGUCCAAGUUAGCUUUAGACGCAUUGUUUGGUGUUAGCUGGAGUAUAUUGAGUAUGGAGCAGGCCUCAUACUCAUCAAGCCAAGCUUGGAGUCUAAGUAACAGCACAGAACCAGUAGUGACACCUAUCAGAGGCUACGGGGGUAUGUGUCUGAAAGCAUCUGCGAAUAAUACUGUCCAAGUCAGCAGCUGCACUGACCAAAGUGUCCAGCAAUGGGCCCUCUAUCCUGAUGGCACUGUCCGGCCAAGUAAGUCGACUACAAACUGUCUCAAAUCAAAAUCCUUAUUGGGUGGUGUAGUUGCGGUUCAUGAUUCCUGCGACGGAGGUAAGGCUGAACGAUGGGUAUUCAAUCAUGACGGCAGUAUUUCUGAUGCGGCCUAUAAAUAUGUUCUGGAAGUGAACAAUCAGAAACUACAUGUUGUGAAACGUUCUGCAGAUUCACCUACCAUGGAACAGAUUUUCGAUAUAAACUUUGUGUGAGUGAAUUACAAUUUCUCGCUGAGAAUCAAGACCAGUGUUAUUAUGAGCUUUGGUAUCCACUUACGGAUAUCCAAAAUAAUUAAUUAAGUGAUAGUACUAUAUCACAUGUAAAAGUAAAUAAGGUCUUGAAUGUCAUUGUUCUUAUUUUGUUUUUAA